AUGGAGGAGGUGGAGGUGGAGGUGGACGAGGACUACAGCAGCACGCGGCACAAGCUCUCGGGUCCCAUCAGCGAGGAGGACGUCGACCCGUCCGACCUCACCUGCAUUAUGCCCGCGUCUGCGCCUUCGGCCGCCACCUCCGUCACGCCCGCGCCCUCGCUCUCCGCCGUCGCCGUGGCGGGCCCUGACCCGCGCGCCGUGCUCGUGGGGGCCGGCAGCGCCAUCCUCGCCUACGCCACUGCCGCGUGCCGCGAAGCCUGCGCCACCUACACAGUGCUCGUCCCCGUCUUCACCGCUUCCUCUCUCCUGCAGUUGGUGGUGCCCGAGGAGGAGGACGAGGUUCCCAGCACCUUGUCCAUUAGGUGUUCGAUGAAUUGCCUCAUCCUCAUACAGAGCUGUUUCUCGCCUCCAUUCAGUUGCAGCUGGGAUGCGGUGCUAUACAGGCAGCACACACCAUGGCCACCACCUACAGAACUCUGGUUGGUGAACUGUGAUGAUGGGUUGCAUCCUCUACCGUGGCCGUCAUUCAACUCGGUUGAGGUCUUUAGUCCUGUGUCACUCUGGUCGACUCUGGAAACCCCCAUGGUUCUCUUCACUUCGGCAACUAAUCAGAAUCCAGUGCAUCAAGCGCUACUCAGUGAUAGCACUCAACUCCGGUCACUUCCUUGGCCAUCCUCCUCUACUUAUGCAGCGUCUGUGCAGUUGAACGCCUCCCUGUCAUUGGAUAUGCUUUUACUGAGAUGCACUUUUGGUCUAUCAAUGCAACAACUAUAUAUGCUGCUGAGUGCACCAUUGUAUGAAUUUGAGCUGUUGGUUGAUUUUGAGCUACUCACGACAUGGAUUGCAAGAGGUGAUUUUGUGCCUCCAUCAAUUACUGCUCAGUCUGAACUUCCGGUGCUCCAUUAUAUCAGUUCCUGUUGCUUCUAUGGUGGUUUGGUUGAACCAGUCCUGCUAUUACACUUUCUGUCCGAAUGGGCUUCUAAUUCUCUACUGUCCGAAUGGGCUUCUAUGGUAGAUGGUGGUAAAGUCAGAAGUUGGAUAUGUGUCAAUUUCACUCGUAACGUGCAAGACAGUGUUGUUCGUGGGUUCUGUCAUGCACUUGCACUGAUGUGCCAAGCAUCAGGAAAGGAUUUUGCUCGGGAGCCUGUUCUUCCACCUCUAUAUGCACUUCCUGAUCAAGUGGAGCGAGCUCUGACAGUUAGGUACCAUGAUGCCAUGCACGUUCUUGGACCCCAACGCAAGGAACUUGAUUUACUUAUUGGAAUACUACCUGACAACUUGUUUCAGUUUGUGAGAAAUACACAACUUUCUAUAGAGAUGAGCAGACAUGCACAUUAG